AUGGGGCGUCGGGCGCCGCCCGCCUGCCUCGCGCUGCUGUGGGGCUGCGCGCUGGCCGCGGCCUCCGCGGCGCAGGGCAAGGAAGUUGUCCUGUUGGAUUUUGCUGCAGCUAAAGGGGAGCUCGGCUGGCUCACACACCCCUAUGGCAAAGGGUGGGACCUCCUGCAGAACAUCAUGAACGACAUGCCCAUCUACAUGUACUCCGUGUGCAAUGUGGUGGCCGGCGACCAGGACAACUGGCUUCGCACCAACUGGGUCUACCGCGGGGAGGCCGAGCGCAUCUUCAUCGAGCUCAAGUUCACUGUGCGGGACUGCAACAGCUUCCCUGGAGGUGCCAGCUCCUGCAAGGAGACCUUCAACCUCUACUAUGCCGAGUCAGAUGUGGACUAUGGCACCAACUUCCAGAAGCGCCAGUUCACCAAGAUCGACACCAUUGCGCCCGACGAGAUCACAGGCAGCAGCGACUUUGAGGCGCGCAACGUGAAGCUGAAUGUGGAGGAGCGGUCCGUGGGGCCGCUCACCCGUAAGGGCUUCUACCUGGCCUUCCAGGACGUGGGCGCCUGCGUGGCGCUGCUGUCCGUGCGCGUCUACUACAAGAAGUGCCCCGAGCUGCUCAAGGGCCUGGCCCGCUUCCCCGAGACCAUCGCUGGCUCCGACGCACCCGCCCUGGCCACCGUGGCAGGCACCUGUGUGGAGCAUGCUGUGGUGCCCCCCGGGGGCGAAGAGCCUCGCAUGCACUGCGCCGUGGAUGGCGAGUGGCUGGUGCCCAUUGGCCAGUGCCUGUGCCAGGCGGGCUAUGAGAAGGUGGAGGACGCCUGCCAGGCCUGCUCGCCGGGGUUCUUCAAGCCCGAGGCGUCCGAGAGCCUGUGUCUGGAGUGCCCUGCACACACCCUGCCACCCUCUGAGGGCGCCGCCAGCUGCGAGUGUGAGGACGGCUACUUCCGGGCUCCGCAGGACCCGCUGACCCUGCCCUGCACGCGCCCCCCGUCCGCCCCGCACUACCUCACGGCUGUGGGCAUGGGCGCCAAGGUGGAGCUGCGCUGGACGCCCCCCCAGGACAGCGGGGGCCGAGAGGAUGUUACCUACAGUGUCUCCUGCGAGCAGUGCUGGCCCGAGUCGGGCGAGUGUGGGCCUUGCGAGGCCAGUGUGCGCUACUCGGAGCCGCCGCUGGGGCUGACCCGCACCAGUGUGACCGUCAGUGACCUAGAGCCCCACAUGAACUACACCUUCACUGUGGAGGCCCGCAAUGGUGUCUCGGGCCUGGUGAGCACCCGCAGCUUCCGCACGGCCAGCGUCAGCAUCAACCAGACCGAGCCCCCCAAGGUGAAGCUGGAGAGCCGCAGCACCACCUCGCUGAGCGUCUCCUGGGCCAUCCCUCCGCUGCAGCAGAGCCGCGUGUGGAAGUAUGAAGUCACCUACCGCAAGAAGGGCGAUGCCAACAGCUACAACGUGCGCCGCACCGAAGGCUUCUCCGUGACGCUGGACGACCUGGCCCCGGACACCAUCUACCUGGUGCAGGUGCAGGCGCUGACGCAGGAGGGCCAGGGUGCCGGCAGCAAAGUGCAUGAAUUCCAGACGCUGUCCACGGGAGGGUCCGGCACCAUGGCAGUGGUCGGCGGUGUGGCUGUUGGCGUGGCCUUGCUCCUGGCGCUGGCGGGAAUCGGCUUCUUCAUCCACCGCAGGAGGAAGAGCCUGCGGACACGCCAGUCCUCGGAGGAUGUUUACUUCUCCAAGUCAGAACAACUGAAGCCCCUGAAGACCUAUGUGGACCCCCACACCUACGAGGACCCCAACCAGGCUGUGCUCAAGUUCACCACCGAGAUCCACCCGUCCUGCGUCACGCGGCAGAAGGUGAUCGGAGCCGGAGAGUUUGGGGAGGUGUACAAGGGCACCCUGAAGGCAUCGGGGAAGAAGGAGGUACCUGUGGCCAUCAAGACGCUGAAAGCCGGCUACACGGAGAAGCAGCGAGUGGACUUUCUCAGCGAGGCCAGCAUCAUGGGCCAGUUCAGCCACCACAACAUUAUCCGCCUGGAGGGCGUCGUCUCCAAGUACAAACCCCUGAUGAUCAUCACCGAAUACAUGGAGAACGGGGCCCUGGACAAGUUCCUGCGGGAGAAGGAUGGCGAGUUCAGUGUGCUGCAGCUGGUGGGCAUGCUGCGGGGCGUCGCGGCCGGCAUGAAGUACUUGGCCAACAUGAGCUACGUCCACCGCGACCUGGCCGCCCGCAACAUCCUCGUCAACAGCAACCUGGUCUGCAAGGUGUCUGACUUCGGCCUGUCCCGUGUGCUGGAGGACGACCCCGAGGCCACCUACACCACCAGUGGUGGCAAGAUCCCAAUCCGCUGGACAGCUCCGGAGGCCAUUUCCUACCGCAAGUUCACCUCGGCCAGCGAUGUGUGGAGCUAUGGCAUCGUCAUGUGGGAGGUGAUGACCUACGGGGAGCGGCCCUACUGGGAGCUGUCAAACCAUGAGGUGAUGAAGGCCAUCAAUGACGGCUUCCGGCUGCCCACACCCAUGGACUGCCCCUCCGCCAUCUACCAGCUCAUGAUGCAGUGCUGGCAGCAGGAGCGCACCCGCCGCCCCAAGUUCGCCGACAUCGUUAGCAUCCUGGACAAGCUCAUCCGUGCCCCCGACUCCCUCAAGACCCUGGCUGACUUUGACCCCCGGGUGUCCAUCCGGCUGCCCAGCACCAGCGGCUCAGAGGGCGCGCCCUUCCGCACGGUGUCCGAGUGGCUGGAGUCCAUCAGAAUGCAGCAGUACACGGAGCACUUCCUGGUGGCCGGCUACAGCACCCUCGAGAAGGUGGCGCAGAUGACCAACGACGACAUCAAGAGGAUUGGGGUGCGGCUGCCCGGCCACCAGAAGCGCAUCGCCUACAGCCUGCUGGGCCUCAAGGACCAGGUGAACACGGCGGGGGUCCCCAUCUGA